ACUGUAAAUAGCAACAAAUAAGUGAAAUAUACAAUGGAAUUAGAGAGGUCAGAAAGUAUUUCAUUGUCAGGAUCAAUUCAACUAUUCUUUACCAAUAACCCUCUCGACAUUUCUAUGACACCAUCGAAAGACAUGAACUUGAUUCCGAAACUAGAGUUUGGCAGUAUCAUUGAGGAUUCUGUUAAGCCCAAACCUCCCAUAGUAGAGCCUGACUCCAGUAAACUGUUCAAUAUGGAUUACCCAGACGAUGAUACAGAAUGUGAUGUCAAAGACUACGCCGAACUUAACGAUGUUACAGACCGUACGAAUAGACUUGUUUUGGAAGACAGAAACAAUAAAGAUUACCUGGUAGUUUGUCCUCAAGACGUAAUCGUACAACUUGAAACAACGGAAGAAACGCCGUUUCAGGAAUAUAGUGAAAACAAUAAUCACGUUAGCGAACUGGAAAUGCAUAUUUAUGAUAUCACGCAGCUUAUCGAAAUGGGUGAUGAAACUGAGCAACUGAGAGAACAGAUAAGAAAACUAAAGCAGGAAAAUCAAGAUCUUAAAAAUGAUUGUUUGGACGCACUGGACGAGAAUUUUCAGUUACAAAAUAAUUUCGUCCCUCGGUUGUCGACUGAUGGGGACUCAAUGGAGCUGAAUGACGAAAAUAUGGAAAAAGGGACGUCAGAAACACAAAAUCAAACAAAUAGCGUAACUUCGUUAUCCCUGCUUAAUCAUGAGAAAGAAAGGUUACUGCAGAAAACAAAAAGUCAAGAAAAUGAAAUAAUGGCGUUACGUUUGAGAGUGGAAGCUUAUGAGGAAGAAAAGAAGAAAAACCAUUCUGAAGCUUUUAACGAAGAUGAGAGAGAAUCAAUGGAAAAGGAAAUUAGUGCUCUUCGUGGGAAAGUUGCUCUAUUGGAACGAAAUAAUAAAUUAUUUUCAAAUCAGGAGAGGCAAAUGCUUAAGCAGGACUUGGAACGAACAAAAAGACGAUGUUCGCAUUUGAGCGAACAAUAUAGCGCGUUGAAAAAUUCCACUGAAUCUAAUCAUAUCAGCCAAGUUGAAACGGCCUUGUCGGACUACGUGAAAAAAGUUAAAUAUUUGGAACAAGAAAAUGCACGAUUGAGAGACAGAGAAAUACACAGCUCAAGUGAACUCGAUGCUGAGUUAAAUUCUUGUCUCGAAGAGAAGGAAGAAAUUAUCAAAGACCAAAGUGUAAUGAUUGACGAAUUACAACACCUAAUAAAAUUCAUAAAGUCUGAACGUGGAAUGCCUGGAAGAAAACAGAAAAGUACGUCAGACCAUGAAGUUCAGAUCGACCUCCCUGGAUAUCAAUCACCAAGAGCAAAGAGACUUUCAGAGAGGUCUCGAAGUCCAGGAAAACACAGAAGCUCGAAAGAAGAUGCCAAUCAAUCUGACUCGAGCAGUGAACCGUAUUCUGACAGUGAUGCCCGCGCUAUACGAGCCUUAAGUGGAAGGAUGAGACAGGAUAUUGAAGAAGCCAAGCAAAAGUUGAAAGACAUGGGAGAAGCAUUGAUUGCUAGCCAACAUGUUUCACCUGUGCAUUUUCCAUUAAAACUGGAACAUACAUUUCCUCCAUUUACAAAAUACAGAGAUGAAAAUGAUACAGAUGGACAGCUUUCCCCAUACAUAAAGAAACGGACAUUAUCGCUUUCAAGUAUACCCAUACAUGUACAGCGAAAAUCUGACAGAGACGAAACCGAUCAUUCAAAAGGGACGAUGUCGUCAAGCAACCUGAAAUCCAAGGGCACGGCAUCGUGGAGUCCAGGAUUACUUUUGUUGUCAAACAGGUCUGGUAAAGCAGAUGCGUCAAAUAGCUUUCACCCUAUUACGCCUAAAUCCAGCAGAAGCAUGGAGAAAUAUCACGAAAAUCGCAAAAAGGUGAUAGCAGACAAUAAAAGCGAAAUAAAACAAGCAAAGUCAAGAAUAUUGUACAAAUCCAUUCCAAAAUCCACGACAGUUCAACACAUGGGAGAAAACGACUUUUUCAGAAUAAAAUCGCUAGAUUAUAAAAUUAUGGAGGAGGAAAUUGAAUGUAAUAGAGAAGAAUACGACAGAAAAAGACAACGAGAAAAAUUAAGGAAAAGUGACGACCGGGCAUCUAUCGAUAGUACCAAACAAAUGAAGACCAGGCAAGAACGCCACAAAGACGCUGCAAGAAGAAAAGAGAAGAUAUCUAAGAAAAAGAAAACUUCCAAAUAUCUUCCAUACGAAACUGAGGAAGUUUACGAGUUUGUCGAACCCGAAAUAUUGUCAAAUUUGAAAAUGUCACCAUACCGGGUGUACGUUGUAAAACGAGAUCACACCCCACCAGACGAUGGCGAUAAAAUGUUCCCUGAGUUGUUGAUUCAUGCCGGAGAUGUUGUAUUUUCACUAGGGGCGCCAGAGAUGCACAAAGACGGCAAGAAAUAUCAACUGGCUGAAGUGAACGGAUCAAUAGGAUUUGUGCCGUUUAGUAUUCUUCAACACGCAGAACAAGUGGAUCAAUUCGGAACAAACCCACAGAAACUGAAUAUUCAGCAUUGGAAAGCCCAGAGAAGGAUUGUCGAUGUUUUCAAGAGACUCGAAGAUAAAAGACGAUCAAUGGGUUAUGGAACAUAAAAAAGGCCUGCCAGAAAUUGCUUUAUAUUAAACAUGUGCCAUAGUUAAGUAGUACACAAUCGCGACAUUCUGUCAAUCACACAAUACGCGCACACAAUCGCCGAUUAUGCGAAAUAAAAGUUCGUAGUGUAUAUAAAAAUUGUGCUUCUAUAUUAUAUAUGAACGUAGAUAUUGCUAAUGGUAGUUACUGUGUUAUAUAUUUAAAAAACAAAAUAACAUACAUAACUGUG